UAACAAUUUUGUUAUACUCUGACCGCGUGGUGACGUUGUAAGGUUCAGGUAACCUGACGUGUGUGUCCGGCGUGUUUGUGGCGUUAAAUGUGGAAAGACUCCUGUCGACAAUGGGAUAACGUGGAAGUGAACGAGAGCGUGGCCUCGACGGCUAGCAGUUAUGCUAACAGCUAACAACAAUGAGCCAUAUUUGGCGCACUCGCAGGCGAAAAGUUUGAAUUUAAAGGGGAAGAGGAUGUCCACCUUAACUUUGCGAUUCUUAAUAAAGAGUAAAGCGCGCACACGAAGCGCGUCCAAAUCGUAGCCGUUGUUCAGGUUAUUUAAUAUCGCGGUAGCUUUUUGUCUUUGAUUUCAGAAAGUGCAGCUGCCCGCUUUUUGUUUAGGGCAGCCGCUGCAUAUAGACCUGCCGCUUAACGACGUCUCGCUGCAGAUACAUCCACUGUCUCUAAACGUGGGAAUUUAGCCGCUUCUUUUGUUUAUGUGCACAUUUGUGUCGAAAAUUAACGCUCUUUUUUAAUUACUGUAAUCGCGCUCCAGUAGGAUCCCGCUGACUACUUUUUAAGUUACGAUCCUUGUUGAGACACGUGUUUUCUUUCAUUGGCACGCGCUCACCAACAGAUUCAGGAUGUUUGGCUUUCAUAAGUCAAAGAUCUACCGCAGUAAUGAAGGCUGUUGCAUUUGUAAAACCAAGUCCUCCAGCUCACGCUUCACGGACAGCAGCAGAUAUGAGGAGACCUUCAAGAUGUGCUUUGGGCUGUCUGAAGAUCGUGUUGGAGACAUUUGCAAUGCAUGUGUGCUGCUGGUGAAGAGAUGGAAGAAGCUGCCUCAUGGCUCCAAGAAGAACUGGAAUCAUGUGGUGGAUGCCAGAGCUGGUCCGGGUUUUAAGGUGACAAAGCCCAAGAAGAUAAAAAACAGUGAUGGAAAGAAAAAGAGCAAGCUGAAGAAGCUUCAUAAGUUUAAGAGACAAACAGACUCAGAUGCUCACAGCACGACCUCUAGCAUGUCUCCUGCCCAGUCUCCCAGUCACAGCAACCAGUCAGAUGAUGGUUCAGACAUUGAAUCCAAACAAAGACGUUCAUCUCCUUCAAUCUUUUCCUUCCUGGAUCGUUCUUACUGGAAGAGACAAAAGGUGUGCUGUGGAAUUAUCUACAAAGGUCGGUUUGGAGAAGUGAUUAUUGAUCCCCGACUUUUCAAGCCUUGCUGCAGCUCAAAAAAACCGAAGACACCAUCACAGGUGCCCACACUCCAGCCGCAGCUCCCAGAGGAUUUGAAAGAAACUUGGUGAAUUGUUUAGUCAGACCUCCCUCUCAUUUAUGGGGCUAUCCAUGGCAUCCCCCUGGAUUUGUCUCCAGUGGCAGACCUCAUUUUCAUUCCCCCUUAGAUCAGUUAAUGUCCUCCUUUGCUAUAUUCAUUUUGUAUGGUUUUUUUGUUUUUGUUUUUUACUUUUGUAUAGAGUUGAGCUCUUUUUCGACAGAAAAAACAACUUUUGGGCAUUAGUGUUAUUUAUAGGGUAAGGAUGAAAUUUUGUUGGAUUAAAUUUUUGUUUCCAAAUUUCUUAUUUUUGUAUUGAGUGAUCCAGAUUUGUAAAUAAUAUUUUUGUUUUUUUGUUUGUUGUUUUUUUACAUCAGGACUGCUUUAUUUUUUUUUUUUUUUACAACUUGUUAUACUGUAAUUAAUGGUAUGAAAGACACCAGCUAUUUCCAAUACACCAGCUUCUUGUGUGUUGAAGAGAUCCUUCAACAUUUGUGCAUACAUGUUUUUGUCUUUCAUUAGCUCUCUAGGGUAAAUAUUUUUCUUAGUUUGCAUAUUCUUUUUGAUAACACACAGGGACCAUUAGCAAGUCCGUUAUAUGUAAAUGUGCUGUUUUGUUUUUUAAAGGUGUACAGAUUAGACGGCUUGGACAUGAACAGCUGUAGCCACCGGUAUGAAACACUCCGUUUUGUUCAGCAGUUUCUGCACAGUAGAUCGUACAUGCAGUAUGUCCCUCUGCUUGUUGGAUUGACGGUUUUAUUUAUUCCUUUUGUACAGCCUCCAAUGAAAUUACGUUGCAUGUUGUAAGCAAAUUUAAGAAAAAAAAAAGGAUUUUGUAAAUACAAUGUUUUGGCUCACGGGUUUUUUUCCCAAAAAAAAAAUGAAUGAAAUGGCAAACCACUACAUCUAAAAGGUGCUGAAAGCAUGUGUUUUUUUUUUUUACACAAAACAGCCAGUUUGAUCACGUAUUUUCUCAGGUAUGUUUCUCGAGGGGGUUGCAUUUUUUUUUAUUUAUUUUUUUUAUAAAGCUUGUGUUCUGUGCAGAGGUAAACUGCAGGAAUAAAAGAGAAACUUGCCUGCAGAAUCAGUGAAUAUGCUUGACACCUGCGGUUCUUCUACAACUUUUAAUGCUCUAAGAGGAGCAUGUUCAUCAAAAGAAGCAAUUGUCAAAAGUUCAAACUAUGCAGACAUUUUGAAUGUGAGAAUUGCUCUGGAGGUGUCUGUCACCGUCUAGCGUGAUGGAUCCUCUUUUUUUUAUAACCAAAUUGGCUCUAUUGUUUUUAGCAAUAAUGUUACAUCAUCACCAGUCAAUGUCUCAAUGUAUAUAUGCCAUGUUAAAUAUAUUGCUUAUAUUGCACAUUUAUUGCCAUGGUGUAUACUGUUUCAGUGCUACGAUGACAAAGGUUGCAUUUUUUUUUUUUUUUUUUUUUACUGAAAUUGAAAUAAUUGACAGGCACUGCUCUGUAAAGUUGCUUGAAAUAUAUAAACUGUAUUCUGCAGCAGGGUAGUUAAAUGCUGAAAAAAAUAUUAUUAAAAAGGGGGUAAGCUGCUUCCUUUUGUAAGCUGGAAAAUAAGCUGUUUUUUUAUUAUCUUUAGGAAGUUGCUGGGUUUUUGCAAGGUACAUUUUGGGAUGUAAGAUGUGCCUUAUUUAAUGACCUGACCUUUUUCAAUAUAAUUCGUAUGUAAUUUAUAUUUAUUUAUUAUACAACCAUUUUUUUAAAACUGAAACUUUGAGAAAACUGGUGUUGAGCCUUUCGGGGGGGAAUCUGUUUCUAAUUUUCUGCACUUCCUUUGAACAUGCAAUGUAUGUUUUUAUAUGCUUUUCGUAUACUGUACCAUAAAGUAGAUCUGUAUAAUAAAAAUUAAAAAGUC